AUGUCGUAUUAUCGAGUCACGGCACAUUUGUAUAUCUUCCUUGUCGAUGCUCCGGUAUCAUGCUUGGAUGGUGGCCCUGGGUGUGCCUCAAUGCCCUCACUGAGCUUCCCUUACGGUAUUGACGGCUGUCAUCUGAAAUUGCCGUAUUAUGGCCCUGGCAUUCCGAAUCUGUACAGCAUUCUUCAAUAUAUGUCUCUAUCAGCCUGGACUUACGAAUACUUGUUCACCAAAUUUUCGGGAUGUAUAUGUCCAGGGCUGUUGUUCCAUGUGAUGUCCGCAGUGGCUAUACACGUUGAUCUACAGGGUACCACUGUGCAUGUCCAGCACCUUAGUGCCAUCGAAAUGAACAAUGACACAAUUCUCAUGCCAGACUCACUGCCUGCUAUCAGGGUAGGACUGAUGACCACUCGCACAACGAUCGACUAUACGAUAGCCAACGCACAUCCCCACUUCAGACCUGCACUAGAAGCCCAAAUUCAUGGUCGAGAAUCAAUCGUACAGAGACUAGAAAGACACGCAAUUUCGGUAAGAGACUUGGACCAAUUUGCGGUGCAAACUAUCCAACUCUAUGCAAAUUUAAUCACUAUCCGGCAUGGAAAACUCAAUGUUGAGCAAGCGAGAGAGUCACUGGAACAGAGCAAGGCAGCGGUCAAACAAGCGAAGCAAGGCAUCUUUCUCACCCGACUCGCGGCUGUUUAUCUUCCCCUGAGUCUGGCUACUGGUAUCUUCGGCAUGAACACCAAAGAGAUCAACCCAGAAGCUAUACCAAACUGGAAAGUUGCUGUCGUCACUGCCACGAUCCUCCUGACAAUCACAAUCAUCAUCACAGUAGCUGGCGGCGCCUGGGGUGCAAGUUUCAGCUGGCUACGAUGGAUACCUAGAUUGAUCAAAUCUUGCAGGCAACGGAAAGAUCGUGACUCCAGUAUGAGCUCAAUACCUCCACGAUCUCCUACCCCUCCCAGCUACGACAAGAAAGCCAGAUUCGCGACGAAAGCUGUGUGGGAACUUGCGCCCUAG